GCUUGGACCGCACACCCGCGGAGCUAGCGGCGAUUUGAUUGUGGCAGUUUUGUGGCACUUUGUGGCAGCUGCACGUGAUUACCCGUCUUCAAUUGCCAGCUGCGGGCCGACUGUCAAUUUCGAUUUAAUGACCUCAACGACCUAAAUUUGUGGCUACGAUCUAAUGUGGCACCGCAAAAACGGGGGCUUAAGCAGCGACCAAUCAUGGUAACGCUUUUGUAAUAUCUAGUCGUAUCUAGCUCCACCUAAAAUCCCGAAACUCCAUCAUGACCUCAAGCUGCUCUAUAUUUCGCCUUCGACACACCCUAAUCUAGAUCAUUGACUCUCCCCUCUACCCUUUCCGUCGCCCCAAUUGCGCCGCGCUAUGAAAGGGCUCACCACAUCGACAUCCGCCAUGCUGUCUCGCCAGCUCGUGCGACGACAACCCGUCGCGGCCUCUGCCGUCGCUAGAAUAGUCGCGCAACGGACCUACGCCACGCCAGCUGGUGUCCCGCCAAAGAACUUCCGAAUUCCUAGCCCGAAACGAUGGGACGAGGAAGAAGAGAAGACGUGGGAUAGGAUCGGAUCAUACUUCCUCUUGACCGAGAUGUUCAGAGGAAUGUACGUCGCGCUGGAGAACUACUUCAGACCACCGUACACAAUUUUCUAUCCUUUUGAGAAGGGACCUAUCUCCCCUCGAUUCCGUGGCGAACAUGCCUUGAGACGUUACCCAUCGGGCGAAGAACGAUGUAUCGCCUGCAAGUUGUGCGAAGCAAUCUGCCCGGCUCAGGCCAUCACCAUCGAAGCAGAAGAGCGAGCCGAUGGAUCGAGACGAACAACCCGCUACGAUAUCGACAUGACAAAGUGCAUCUACUGCGGCUUCUGCCAAGAAUCAUGUCCCGUAGACGCCAUCGUGGAAUCUCCCAACGCCGAAUACUCCACCGAGACGAGAGAGGAGCUGUUAUACAACAAGGAGAAGCUUUUGGCAAACGGAGAUAAAUGGGAACCCGAGCUGGCGGCCGCCAUCAGAGCAGACUCUCCUUACAGAUAACCACAAUCAAUGAGAGAAUGUAUAUUGGGAGCGUUGUAUUGUACGCUGUAAAUACUAACUAGAGGACAAUGAACAUCUUCCAUUUGUGGCGUUCAAGUUCGUAUUUAACAGUGGCAAACCGAUAUGGAAUUUACCCUUUCCAGCAAUCACAUGCUAGGACUGGAUGCCAUCACUCUAGCCAUCACUCAAGGUUGGGGCAGAACAUGGUCAUAGACAAUGCAUAUCAACUAGCGAAUUAACUACUAACAAAACUCGAAGAGAAUCAAUAGACUA